AUGUCGGACUGCAGGAGGCAAUGGAACCGGGAGGAUGAGCUGCCGGUGUACCUGGCGGGGCCGAUCACCACCACCGGGCCGAACCAGAGGAAAUCCUUCGGCAUGUUCAGCUCCGUGGAGGGGGCGUUCGAGAGCAAGACCAUAGACUUCGAUAACUACGCGGUGGGGAGGAAGGGGAGCCGCACCCCGAGAAGCGGGAGCCGAGAGAGGGUGCUGGACGCCGGGGACCCCGUCGGGAAGACGUCCAGCGAGGGCCGGGAGGGGUCACUGACCGACUCACCCGGGGAGACGGAGGGCGACCGCCCCGGUGUGGUUGUUAGAUUCUCAUCUGGGAAGGAAAGCCCGAAUGGAGAGAGUGAAAGGCUGUUGAUCAAAGGAGGGCGGGUGGUCAACGAUGACCAGUCCCUCUAUGCAGAUGUCUACAUCGAGGACGGCCUCAUCAAGCAGGUGGGGGAGAAUCUGGAUGUGCCGGGGGGCGUCAAGGUGAUCGAGGCUAACGGCCGCAUGGUGAUACCGGGGGGGAUAGAUGUCAACACCUGCUUCAUGAAGCCUUACCUGGGCACACAGCCUGCUGAUGAUUUCCUCCAGGGCACCAAGGCCGCGCUCGCCGGGGGCACCACCAUGAUCAUUGACCAUGUGACCCCCGAGCCUGGGCAGAGCCUGCUGGAGGCGUUUGAGUGCUGGCAGGAGGCCGCGGAUAAGAAGGCGUGUUGCGACUACUCGCUGCACGUAGACAUCCCCCAGUGGAACGACAUGGUCAAAGAUGAGUUGGAGCUGCUGGUGCAGGAGAAAGGCAUCAACUCCUUCCAGGUUUACAUGGCUUACAAGGACGUGUACCAGCUGUCAGACUCUCAGCUCUACGAGGCUCUCUCCUUCCUGAAGCAGCUGGGUGCCGUGGUGUUAGUUCACGCUGAAAACGGAGACCUGAUUGCUCAGGAGCAGAAAAAAAUCCUCGGGAUGGGAAUCACCGGACCUGAAGGCCAUCCGCUGAGUCGUCCCGAAGAGCUGGAGGCUGAGGCGGUGUUCCGUGCCAUCACUCUUGGCAACCGCGUGAACUGUCCAGUGUACAUCACCAAGGUGAUGAGCAAGAGUGCAGCGGACACAAUCGCCCAGGCCCGCAGGAAAGGUUCUGUUGUUUUUGGCGAGCCAAUUACUGCCAGCCUGGUCACUGACGGCUCUCACUACUGGAGCAAGAACUGGGCCAAAGCGGCUUCUUAUGUGACUUCUCCACCUUUGAGUCCCGACCCCACAACCUCAGACCACUUGAACACACUGCUGGCGAGCGGGGACCUGCAGGUGGUGGGCAGCGCUCACUGCGCCUACAGUACUUCCCAGAAAGCAAUCGGUAGAGAAGACUUCACCCUGAUCCCAGAGGGAACCAACGGAGUGGAGGAGAGGAUGGCAUUCGUCUGGGACAAGGGCGUGGGCAUGGGGAGAAUGGAUGAGAACCAGUUUGUGGCGGUCACAUCCACUAAUGCUGCAAAAAUCUUCAACCUGUACCCGCGCAAAGGCCGGAUAGCGGUGGGCUCGGACGCGGACGUCGUUAUCUGGGACCCCGACAGCUGCAAAACAAUCACUGCCAAACAACAGCAGUCGACUUCAGAAUACAACAUCUUUGAGGGUCUGGAGUGUCGUGGGGGUCCGGCGCUGGUGUUGAGUCAAGGUCGCGUGGUUUACGAGGACGGGAAGCUGCAGGCCCAGCAGGGCGCCGGUCGCUUUAUCCCCCGCAAACACUUCCCUGACUACGCAUACCAGCGCGUCAAAUUCAGGAACCAGGCAAAGAGCAAGCAGGGCGUUCCUCGUGGCUUGUAUGACGGCCCUGUGUAUGAUGUCGUUCCUAUGCCCAAAUACAUCACUCCUUCUCCAUCAGCCAGAACCUCACCCACCUCUCACCAACCACCACCCAUACGCAAUCUCCACCAGUCCAACUUCAGCCUAUCAGGAGCACAGAGUGAUGACUCCAUCCCUCGUCGCUCUGGCCACCGUAUCGUAGCUCCCCGUGGCCGCUCCAACAUCACCAGCCUUGGUUGA